UGAAGUGUUUUCUGGCUGCAGCCAGAACUCGUCUGCAGAGCGAGUCUGUCCGAGGGGAAAGCGAGGGAAGCGGCGCAGUGAAGUCAGAAGGAGGAGGGAGAUCUUGUCUUUCACAUCAGAGAGGAAAGGGGGGAAACGACCUGAAAGCGAGGAUAAGGUGUCCGCUAACAAAAAAAGAGAAGAGCCUUGUGUGUUGUGUUGGAAAAUGGAGCUACCCGCCGCAGGAGAGCACGUCUUUGCGGUGGAGAGCAUCGAGAAGAAACGCAGCAGAAAGGGAAGAGUUGAGUAUCUGGUCAAGUGGAGAGGAUGGUCCCCAAAAUACAACACAUGGGAACCGGAGGAAAACAUCCUCGAUCCAAGGCUGCUUGAUGCUUUCCAAGACAGGGAACAUCAGGAGCAGCUGAUGGGAUAUCGUAAGAGAGGACCCAAACCCAAACACCUUCUGGUUCAGGUGCCUUCUUUUGCCCGGAGGUCCAGCAUUUUGGCGGACCUGCAGGAGGCAUCCCGGGAUGACGACAGCUGUCAGAAGGCCAACCCCAUCCAGAUGCUCCGCCCCCAGGCCCAGCAGUACCAGCUGAACAGCAAGAAGCACCACCAGUACCAGCCGCUGUGCGUGGAGCGUGAAGCUGAACAGCAAGCCAGCGGCAAGAAAUUCUACUACCAGCUCAACAGCAAGAAGCAUCACCACUAUCAGCCGGACCUCAAGGUGCAGGAGCCUAUGUUUGCUAAACCCAGAGAGGUCAAAGCUCCAGAGCUGGCUAACAAAGGAUACAACCUGCCUCCAGUGCUGCAGCAAAAGUGGGUUCGGGACAAAGACUCAGGCUGUCUGACCAAAGUGAAGGAUAUCACCAUGGAGCUGAAGAAGCUUCCAGCGGACCUGAACGGGCACAAAGAGCCAGAGAAGGUGAAAGCUAAAGAGGACACUUCACCACAGUCUAACGGCGUGAGCAGCAGCAAGCUAAAGAUCGUGAAGAACAAAAACAAGAAUGGACGGAUUGUUAUCGUCAUGAGCAAGUACAUGGAAAAUGGGAUGCAAACAACUAAAAUUAAAAACGGUGAUUCAGAAACCUCUGAAAAGCCGCCACAAGGACGGGACAGUAGCAUGGAGAAGCACCUCGAGAAGAUGAAGCUCGUCAAACAGCUCGGCCUCAUGAAUGGAUUUAAAAAACACCCCAAUGACAAUCCUGCUGUUCUCAGUUUGGGAUUGAAAGGACAUUCUCCCAAAGAAAAGCAACAGUCCCCUCAAACAGAGCCCACUGUGACAGAACAGGAUAAACAUGAUGAGGUCAAGGGUCAGGGACAGCUUCCAGCGGAUCAGCCUUUACAACUGACAAGCAAUCCUAAUCCGCUCGCCCUGCCUUUGGAGAGGGGAACUCCUUCACCACUCAACAAGACAGGAAGCCAAGGUGGGUUCCAAGGACUGAAGCGACACUUCUGUGACACAGAUGGUGAGGAACAUGGCAGCAGUAAGAAGUUUUUGAGUUGUGGGAGUAUCAGUGCUCCAAACACAGCUGCCUCUCCCUCCCAAAGCAUCAGCAGUGACCAAAACGGACACCAGAGUCUGCAAGACUGCGGGUAUGUAGACCAAGAGGAACCCAUGGACUUGAGCAUGGUCAAGUCGAGGUCUGCAUCGUCUGAGACACACACUGCAGCGGAGGUGCUAACGCCUCCAGUGGAUGAACUACAAACACAGAAAAACUCUCAAACUGAAACUCAGACUGAAACACACAAACCUGCAGAGGAGGAAAAAGUUGACUCUGUGUCUCACUCCAACCACGACAAGAGAAAAGAGGACACUCAUCCGUCUUUCCAGCCUUUCCUUGGGAAUAUAGUCAUCACGGACAUCACUGCAAACUGCCUCACAGUCACAUUCAAGGAAUACGUAUCAGCAUAACACAGCUGUGUACCAACUAUAUAAAUGUAUGAUACAUAUAUUUGUACCUCUGGAUGCUUGAAUGUAAAAAUGAACCUUUGAUGUUGUUUUCAUUUUGUAAAGCUCAGAUUUAUAUAUAAAAAGACUUCUUUAUUUCAUUUUUGCAAAUUUCUACUUAUAAGUCUGACUUGAUAUUUCUGGAGAUUUAUCACUAUGAAUAUCUCAUUUCAGUUUUUUUAAACUCAGAUUAAACUCUUUAAACUUCCACAAAAAAGACAGAAAUCUAAUUGAAGAUGCACUUACCUUUGUAGAUAUGCUUCCCUUUUCUAUGGAUGUAAUUUGAUUCAUUCUCUCAGCUGUCUGCAUAGCAGAUUAUGUCAGACAAGUGUAGGCUUAUAGGGAGAUUUUUGUAAGGAAGAAAAAUUAUAUUGAAUCAUGGUAAAUGACACUGUGUCCAGGUCAGAGUGAAAGAGUGUGUGUUUUAAUUGAGGAUGUGUGCUGCUUGGAAAGGCAACGCCGUUAGGCGUGCGUAGACUAGCAGAUAAUGAUAAAUGAAGCACCUUUCCUGUCAAUAAAUAUACGUGUCAUGGAAAAGAAAGUGGAAAGAAACUGAAACUUGUCCAUGUUUGUUAUAUGUGUCUGCUCCUGUCAUUUGUUCUCCGUUCACCGUGUUUAAAUCAUGCAUAUUGAGCACAAGUCACCUCCAUUAAAACCGAAAACUCUUAUUCACAAGAACUUCUUUUAGUUGAUUAUCAAGUCAUAAAUCUGCAAGCUGAGCUGUAUUAUCUGUCAGAUUAGGACUACUAGCAGGUCUUUAUGUUCCAUAGCUGCACAGCCGUGGGACUCAGUCUUGACAUAUUUUGUUAAACAGCAUUAAUUAUUAAAAUUAAGUGUAAGAA